AUAUCUGGCCACAGGCGGCAGCUUUAGAGCUUUGGCUCACUACUUCGUAAGAGGUGAAAGAACAAUUGGUAUGACUGUUGCAGAAACAACUGAAGCUAUAUGGACCUGUUUACAUCCAGAAUGGUUACCUGUUCCAGAUACAAAUGCAUGGAAAAACAUUUCAGCACGUUAUCAACAACUAUGGAGUUUGCCUCACUGUUUGGGAUCGAUUGAUGGCAAGCACAUAAGAAUUAAAAAAUUUGGAAAUACUGGCUCACGUAAUUUCAAUUACAAAGGUUAUUUUUCUGUUCAACUUAUGGCGUGUGCAGAUGCAGAUGGCUGUUUUGUUACUAUUGAUGUAGGCGAUCUUGGUAGAAACAGCGAUGGGGGAGUUUUUCGUUCAUCUCGUUUAGGUCGAUGGUUGCAAGCUGAUGGUCUUAAUUUACCACCACCAGAACCAUUACCACUUGACGAAAACGAACACAGCUUCCCUUAUUAUUUUUCAGCAGAUGAGGCAUUCCCUCUUAAAACAUAUAUUAUGCGACCAUAUCCUAGAAGCUCUUUAACAGAUAAGCAACGAGUUUUCAAUUUUAGGCUGUCUUUAGGUCGUAAGACAGUCGAGUGUGCCUUUGGAAUGCUCACAUCUAAGUUUCGUGUGUUUGAAACGCCUAUAGGUUGCUCAGAAAAAACCGUGAUAUCUAUUAUAAAAUGUGCAUGUGUUUUGCAUAAUUACAUUCGCAAAACAGAAGGAAAAAUGUAUACGCCAAGAAAUGAUGUUAAUAUUGAUGAAGACACUCAUAUGCCGAAUGUAAACUUAGAAAUAAACAGAAACGUUAAUUUAACGACAGCAAAGGGAAUGAGAGACUACCUCAGUGAUUACUUCUUAAAACCUGGUGUUGCUAUUCCACCUCAAUGGUUAAGAAUUGUGGGAAGUAUAGAGUAA